AUGAAGAUAUCGAAACCCCUCGCCGUCCUCCUCCUCACCACCGUGGUAUCUGCAGAUAGUCCCACAUCAAAAAGCGAACUAGGGAAUACACACCAUGUCGCCCAACACUCGCCUUCCGCUAUGAUCACACAAACAGAGCCAGCGGACUCGAUACGUGCGAUGGUAGAGGACUCGUUUACACAUACCCAUUCGUCCGAUCGAUGGCUGGGCCCGUUGGUUGGCCUGAAGACUUUUACGCAGGAUAUCGGAGCAAGAGCGACGGUUCGGGCUCCGCGGCUGAAUGCUAGGAAUGAGGGUGCGUUAGGGCAAGCGCCUUGGUACGGGAUGGCGUUUGGACUGGCGUGUACCACGCUUGCGGCACUGAUGUUGGGAUGA